UGAGCAGAAUCCUGCUUUGAGCCCAAUGCUGGAUCUGCUUUGCAAAGGAACCAUCAGCUCACAAAAUCAAGGCAAGCCAAACCAAAACUCCUCAUCAUCAACCCAUAAAAACCAGCUUCAAAAUGGAUUCAAUGCGCUCUUCCUCGUCAUCUGAACGCGAUGGUGCUAUCAAAUCAGCCCCGACACUCACUGCAAAGUACUGGAGAAUGUUGACUCUAUUCACCUGCAUUGUUGGCCACUUCAUCAUGCCCUCACCACAAAGACUCGCCGUUGAAGAUCCAAACACCUGCGCAUAUGUCCCUGGAGCAGGAUUUUCGGGGUUCUUCUUCACUAUGGGACGACUGCAAACUGUUCAAGAGCCAACCUCGCUUGACUACUAUUGCUACUCUGCUGGUUGCCUGGCAUCAACGGCCACUUUGGGCAACAUCACAACAGGGGAAGCAUUAAGCAUGGCCUUGAAUGCACAAGAACAAUGGAUGAACGGAACUAUUUCCAGAUUCGAUGUGGUCAGCCAAUUUGUUGACUCUAUGAUUGCAGUUGGACAGGAACGAACCCUGAACGCUAAAGUUCUGUCGAAGUUGCGUAUCAUCACCACAAAGUCCAAUGGAUGGCUUCAGCAGCGUGAAACUGUCAUUCGUACCCCCAAGUCACUGGAAGACCUCAAGACAAUGUUGGUACAAACCACAUGGAUUCCAGGAGCCACAGGCAAUGCCUUUUCGUUUGAAGAACACUCGGAUGGAGCAUUCAGCUCCGCCACCCACCCAUCCUGUCCCACUACAGUUGGUCUGCCCCAACUAUCGAGAAAAACUUUUAGUUUUUUCGCAAACUUGCUGAAUAUGAACCUGAAGCCCGCCCAAGCCCAUGCUUUCUCGAAGUCUGGCAUGGAACUUGGACUGCAAAGGUAAAGAAAAAGAACCAUAUUCGCAUACGGCACAAGAUAGAUAGAUAGAUAGAUAGAAAGCAUAGAAGAUAGAGACUCAUAAUAUAUAAAGAAAUUUUGCAGAGAA